GGUUGAAAGUCAGCUAGUGAAAUCAGUUAUUUAUUUACGGUAUAUGUAUAUUAAAGUAAGAGCGUCGAACGCACUCUCAUAAUCUCUGAUUAUACUACUCCCUUGCGAGCCUUUUUGGCACAAAAAUGAUCUGGGGUGAUCUGGGAACUAGAAUAUGACGAGUCCAUGACGUAAGCCUCGUAACAUGCCAGAGAGAGCCAGAGACCUCGGCCUUAGAGUGUCCAAGAGUGUCCGGGUAUUUCACACGGAUAUUGAAGAAUUAUGAGAAGUUAACACUGUGGAUAUAAGAGCAACUUUCAGUUUCUGAACAGCUGAGGCUCUAGAGGGAAGGAGAACAGUAAGUUCGUUUCAGAUGACCAGCAUCCACCAAAUCGUAAACUUACAAAUGAACAUAUGGAGCGACCCCCCCCUUACGUCGAUGUCAACAGACUGAAUGAAAAUGAGUGUAGAGGAUGGCAAAGUGACAUGCUUCUUGCUUUACAACAGAAUGCUGCACCCGAGCCGAUUCGCUUAGCUUGCAUGAAGAACUUGCCGUCAAGACCCCCGUUCUUUGAAGAAGAAUUUCAUGGGCGAAUUCCUCGGGAGGAAGUAGAGGAAUUACUUUCCGGCCCCAAUGGUCCAGUCAACGGUAGAUACUUAGUGCGGGAAAGUAAUAGUUCACCGGGUGAUUAUAGCCUGUCUUUAAGCUACGGUGGCCAUAUUCUGCAUUACAGAUUAUUCUAUGAAAACGAAAGAUAUUUCAUUGAUUCCACUGAUGAGAAAAAAUACAAAUCGAUCACAGAUCUUGUUGUAGAUGUGCUGAACAUGUUUCGCGUCAUUAAUCAUGUAGAUGGGCAGAUGCCAAAAGAAGAGAAGAAAAAGUCCACUUCAUAUCCCCACGUAUUCAAACCUCAUUCUUACAAACAUUUCAAAUGGUGUACAUUUUGUGGAGGAUUCAUGUGGGGAAUUAGAGAUCAAGGGAUGAAGUGUGAGGGAUGUGGUCUCGAUGUUCACAGCCGAUGUAUGAAGCAUGUAGGAGAAGAGUGCACCAAAAAGUUACCUUUACCUUGCAAAGAAAAGAAAGUUCCACGAAAAAAAUCAAGUACCACUAGUCCUCCAUUCAAGCAGAACAGUGUUUCAAGUGACACAUUCAAAGCUAGCUGUGAAUACCAAGAGAACUGCAUUAGAUUUCUUAGUCAUUUGAAUAUUCCUUCACGGUAUUUUGAAGUUGAUGCAUUAAAUCCCUGUUAUUGUGAAGAGUGCUGUCAAGAUGUCGAAACACCAUUAUGUAAGAGUGGGGAUCCACCCCAAACAUAUUCACUCCCUACUGGAUGGUGUCGAUUCCAACUUGAGGCUGUUAGUGGACAGGAAAACGAUAAUGAUUCAUCAAACUGGAAUUUGGCUUUUUUGUCGUUAAAUCCAAAUGACAUAAUGGAAAUACUCGAGUCAAAAUGUGCUGAUAAUAAUUCUGAUGACUUGAGUCAAGAAGGGUCUAAACCACUUAUCAAAUUGACACCUUCUAUCAUUUGUGCUGAUCUGGACUCUCCUAAGCUGAAAUACAUAGAUGGUGAGACUGGUGAAAGUAAGGCAGGUCAAGUGGUCUUGCAAGCAUUCAUUGAGCCUUACUCUUAUCAAAUGAUGGGGAGACCAGGAUUAACAGAAGAAAUUGAUCCAUAUUUUAGAAUGGACACUAUAUAUUGGGUGACAAGGCAAGCUUCAUCAAUCAUACCAUUUGCUUUACUUGUCAAGACUAUGGAUGCAACCUACCUAAAGCUUUAAAAUUGUUUUCCAGGAGAUGUUACUGGACUUAGCACUAGUGGCCACAAUGUCAAACCUAUCCAGUACUGACUGAGAACAAGUGCAUUGAUUAGAAACAUGGUCUUUAUUGUCUCUUAGGAUAUAAAAUGCUUCCAAAUGAUACACUUAUGAAAUACCAUGGUAACGUUCUCUGAUAAAAAAAGUAACAAGGUUAAUCAAAUGAUGUUCCAAGAUUACUUAUUGUUUCUAGUGCAUUUGAAAAUUUCUAGUACAUUCUGCAGUGUUAACUCUGCUAAUAUUUCAUUAGUCCAUUCCAGCAGUGCCUACUCCUUACUUUUAAGACUCUGUGUCGAACGGCAUGCAUUGUGAGGGUUUGUUUUUGUUUUGAUUCAGUCGCUGAAGAAAGUGUCAGAAAAAUCAAAAGGAUUUGGGGCAUUUGGUAGACUCAAAUAUAAUUUACUGGUAGAAACAGGUAUAAUAUGAUGGCCUUAGAUGCCAUUAAACUUAGAACUGCUGUAUUUUGAAAUUCUGACCUCGUGUCGCAAGGUGACAAAUGUCAGGUACAAAGUUCCUGCCAUUGUAGGCACCAUGCCGAGAAUUGAAACAACUCCACAAAAUAAAUUUACUCUUUUAUUUUCUUUCACAAGCAUAUCUAUAAACAGAAUGUUCAUUACUUACUUUGCUUAGAAUGCUGUCAUAGUCGUGAUGUAGAAUAAGAGUGAUAAAUAGUAUUUAAUUUUUUUCAUUGGCGAUUUAAUAGCGUGCUUUGGAAUCCCUACAGAGUUCUUAUGGAUAACCGGUCGCAUACAGAUACUAAAAAGUUUUCAGUUUGCUUUUUUGGCAAUAAGGUUCAAUUCUUCUCCAGGAAUAAAAUGCAGCAGAGAAAGAACUUUUCAGUGAUAAAAAAAUUGCAAGAAAUAUCGCCAAAGUUAACCUAAAAUUGGAUGAAUCUACAAGUGAUGUGAUAGAGUUUUCUGAAGGCUUGCAAUGACACUGGGCAAUGACACCAUUACAAUGGAAAAUAAAAAUCAGUUCUCUGUCACUUAUUGCAGCAGACAGGAGUAUUUUUUCAUUCCUGUAUCUGAGUACAUCUUCACUACUGUUUCUCCACCGAUCCCGGGCAGAUUUUCUCAAAUAAUUCUUUUAAGGGCUUCUAUGGUCAAAACCUUCCACCAAGGUUCUGCUCAAAUUACUGUUUGGUUUCUUAAGUAUGUAAAAGACAAUCUGGUAACAAUAAUUUUGUUCUCAUAAAAUAAUCACCCUAUCCAAAAGAGUGAUAUUGAAACUGUUGAUGAAGAACGAUAUCUGUUUGGAAAUCAAGUUAGAUUGCUCAGAUUAUCACCGAUUGAAAUAGCUACUACAAAACACUUUGAAACGAAGGCUUUUGUAUCAUGCAAAAUUAGCUGAAGUGUGGAAUGCAUGCUGUUUUACAGAGAGUCUUUAAGCUAACUUGGAGAGUCCAGGGUGGGUAUCUUGAAUUUUAUUUCAGCCCUGGGGGUGUGCAUUGUCCAUGGAAGGCAGAGAUGAGUGAGAUAAGUGCAUAGUAGCUGUUGCUUCAAUAGUGUUUUGUGUCUAAGAGACAUUGUGUUCUGAUAUAUCAAAUUUCGCCUUGAUACUGUCCAAGAGGACACAAACAAAGCAAACUGAACAAGUUUGUUCCUUCAUUUCUCUUUCAGUGUCCUCUAGGCCUCACUAUCAAGAUAGAUUGUAAUAUAUCAAAAGUAGCUUAUUAGCCCUUGUCUUUAUUGUCUAUUGCAGGCUUUUUAGUUUUAUAUGAAAUGUGUGAAAAACCCUGUGACCUGGGGCAACCCUGUUUGAUAAUUGCUUGAGGGUCUUUGUCACUGUGAUUCACCCUCUGCUCACCGUGCUUCUUACUUGGCCAGGAUAUGAAGUAAGCUGUUAGUUUUGAUAUCUGUCACCAUGCCCUACCCCAUGUGUGCACAUUUUUAAUCACGCAACUUCUGAUGUUCCCUCAAUCAGCAGGAGCUAUUAAAUCAUUGACCAAUUUAAAUUUUACAAAUACUCAUCUCUUUUUUUGAUGUGAAAUUUAUUUGUUUAUUGUGUCUUUCUUGACAGUACCAGUAAUAAAUAUUCAUGUGAGUUAUAAUUCAGGAAUCUUCAUGAUGCAGGAUUUGUAAAUUAAGGCUGCCUUAUCAUUUGCACUAUGUGCUGAUCUACAAUCAUGGACUAAAGUCUUGGGACAAAUUUGCACUUUCGGUGCUUUUGCGCACACGCCAGGUGCAAAUACCACUUCACCUGCCUAACCUUGCCUCCACCCCCCAUAAAAUGUUGAAAACUACUACCUUCAAUUUCUUCUGAUUUUCAACAUUAUAUUGGGUGGGGAAGGGGAACAGUAACGCAUUUUUAAAAGGAAAGCAGGGCUUUUUUCAAACUUCAGUAGUAAAACACAGAUAAUUCGUUAAAUUAUUUAAGUGUCCCAAGGACUUUUGUCCAUGAUUGUGGCAAAUAAUGUUCAUCUGGAAAAUUCCCUCAGGUCUUGUGCUAAUAUGACCCAAGGACCCACAUGUGUUGAUCAAAGUCUAAUUUUUCUAAAGCUGUUCUCUUUGUUGUAGUAGCAUUACAUAGUUAAUAGAUGGGAAUGGUUACAAAACCUGACAAAGUUCUUUGUUGUAAAUUCUUUGUUCACUUUUUUUUUGGCCUUGACUAUGCACAAAACGGAAUAGUUGAUUACCUCUGACUGAGGAACUAAACAAUAAAAAUAGGCAGUCUAUGACUACAUGUGCCUAGUGAUAUGAAAAAUAGUAUCAUCUGCAAUGACUACAUGAUACAACAACAACAAGAAACUCUAUUGUGAAAUAAGUAUCAACUGUACCAAUUCAUAAUUGAACAAGAACUAAGUAAUAAAAACAUGUAAUGAUA